UAAUGUCCCUGAUGUAGAGCGAGUGUUUACAUUAUCAGUGCUCCUCCUCAUCCGUCAUUUGCACACUGCUGAAUCACAGCAGGUUUACAGGCUGCUUCUGGAGCUUUGAGUGCGGAUCUGUUCAUUUUUCUGCUUCUGUACGCUGUGGAGGAUCUGGAUGAUCUGCAGAUGAUGGACACUCCUGCAGACUCAUCUAACAGUCGAGAAAAUCUAACACAAUCUUCAUCUGCACCUCAAGUCAAGCUGGGCAAAGGUUCAGCUCUUCUCCUGAUGGACGUUAGCUGUGGAUGGAGGCAGUAAUGAUGCAGAACAUGUCAGUGAGUGAGGUGGAGGUCCGGCUGAUCUACUCCACCACGCUGCCCGUCUCUUGUGCUAUAAUCCUGCUGAACCUGCUGCUGAUCCUGGCUAUUGCUUGCAGCCGGCGGCUCCGCGGUGCGCAGCACUUCUUCUUUCUCAGCCUGCUGGUGUCCGGCGUCUGCACAGGCGUGGCGCUGCCCUUUAUCCCCUGGAUGGGUCUGAACCGCCCCCUCAGCUUCACUUCCUGUUUGCUGGUGCAUGUCUUCCCCAACUUCCUGUUUCUGGCAUUUCUGUGUAACCUGGUGCUGGUACACUACGAGCGGUACCGCAGCAUCGCGAGCCCCCUGCGGCGUGGACAGCUGUGGCUCCACCGCCGGUUCCUGCUGCCGCUGCUGGCUGUGUGGGCGCUGCCACUGCUGUUCGCCCUGCUGCCCGCCUUUGGCUGGAACAACAGAGGGCUUCAGGAACGCAGUGGAUGCUGCCCACGGCCCAACACCACGGCUCUGCCCCACUGCACAGCGCUGCCUGGAGAGUGCUGCUCGUACCGCAGCGUCUUCCCCAACUCCUUCAUCUAUCUGGAGGUGUACGGCCUGCUGGCGCCUGCUAUCCUCUCCAUCGCCGCCAUGACGUGCCGUGUGCUGUGCAUUACGCGUGGGCAGCUGCGGGGAAUCACGCGUGUGCAGCGGGCAGUGGCGGACCGGGAGCAGCGCCGGCGGAUGGAGCUGCGCUACGCUUGCUGUGUGGCAGCCGUGACCCUAGCCUUUCUGGCCUGCUGGGGGCCCUAUAUUGUGUACACUCAUGUGGGCGUGGAGCUCUUGCUGAGGCGGGCAGGGCGCAGCGGUCGCACUGGUCACAUUGUGCUGUCCUGUGUGGGCAUCGGCAGCACUGCUGUUGUGCCGCUCCUUCUGGGUCUCGCCAACAAGGAAUACACUGAUCCAAUCAGAAAACUGAUCCGCAAUCUGCAGAAGCGCUGCAGAAACAGCCACGCGAGUACUCCAGUCUGACUUUACAUUCAGGAUCAAAUAUCUGAAGGUCAUGAGCCGCUCGAGGAGAGUCAGUGAACGCUCUGUGAUUAUACACUGAAGGACAGAAACAACAUGAAGUACU